CUAUUCCUUCUCUCCCCUCCUUUACUUUUCGACGUCUUUUACCCCGUCGUGAAUAUCUAGAGGUUUUCAAUCACCUCUUCUGUUUUUUUAAUGGUUUUCUUUUUACCGCCAUCCCUUAUCUUAUUGAACACGUUCUCAACUGGUUGUGUCUCCAUCAAAUACCACACAAUACCCUGCAAAGAACACUUAGAAAGAACCUUAAUCCUCUUCGCGAUAAGGCACCUUUGCCGAAUAGUAACUUCAUCGAAUAGUUGCGCAAUUUGGUGGACAUGGCGACCUCACAUUCUUCUGCUACAUCGACCACUCCGUCACGCAACGGCAACCGUCGUGUCACAUCACCAGACACGACGUCGUGCACAUCGCAAGCGCCUGUCGUGACCCCACCCAAGAGGCGCCCCCACCACAUCUACCAGCCAGCCAAGAACUCCCUUUACGACAUCUUUG